AUGGCUGCACCAUUUGAUGUCAAUGCCUUGCAGGAAUCCCUUGUCCUCCCUUUCCCGGCGGCCACAAAACAGGUUGCGGGGUUGGUAAACGGGGUCCAAACAGAUGUCAUCACAAUGAGCUUCAGCGAUAAGAUCAUGGUCACGAUCUCACAAGCAGGUCGACUAGCACAUUGGCUGCACGUACCAAUGGAGAACCUCAACCCCGGCACUGAGGGUAUGCACACCAUGCCCGAGGGAGAGGAUAACCUCUUGCCUUUCAAAAAUUUGACCUCAACCACUCUACUGGGUGGCCACUCUCCUGGACAAGAUACAACUGGCCAGCUCCUCGCUCGUCAAAUUGCAACAGCCAUUGCUACGAAAACGCCCAGUGAAAGUCGGCUGUUGGUUGUCGGCCUGGGACUUGGCCAAGCAACCGCUGAUCGAGAUGCAUUCUUCGCGAUUGUCGAUCUUGUGCUACAAUGCAUCUAA